CAUUGAUAGGUGGCACUGACUGGCACUGAUGGGUGACAUUGAAAGGCAGCUCAGAUGGGCACUGAUAUGUGGCAUUGAUGUGCACUGAUAUGUGGCAUUGAUGUGGCACUGAUGGGCACUGGCAUGUGGCACUGAUGAGCACUGACUGCUGGUACUGAUGGACACUGACAGGUGGCACUUCUGGGGCCACACUGAUCAUCAGCGCACAUUGAUCAUCAGUGCCCUGAUGAUCACUGUCAGCGUGACCGCUCGAGAGGAGAGAAAUGCCGAUAACCGGCAUUUCCGUGUUUACAUGUGAUGAGCUGUGAUUGG